AUGGUUAAGGGUUUGCACAGCCAAAACCUCCCGGCCGAUGUAGCACAUGUCGUCGAUCAGCUAGAGCGCCACUGCUUGGCUCCUGAUGGAUCUCUCAUCUCCAAGCCUCUCUACAACGAUCUCCAACUCGCUAGAGAGGAAAUGUGCAGGGAAAGACAUCGCUAUCUAGAAGCCAUGGCUAUAUAUUCUGAGGCUAUUGCAAUGGUGGAAGAGUAUCAUCAAGCCAUUUCUGUGUCUAGCAUCGGUGGAAUGAGAGAUACUGGAGGUCUUUAUCCGCAGUUUGGAUUGAGGAACUCUCCUCAGGUUUAUCAGACAUUAGAACAUCAAAUGACUGUCGCCGAAGCGGCUCAGCGAUUAAGACUACCUCUUAUUUCCAAAGAUGGAGAAGUUCAUGAUGAAGAAAUUGAAAAGCUAAGUGUAGUGUCUCGAAGCUCCCUUGACAGUACUAGCACCGGUGCUGUGAACAACUCGAGCAUGAAUUCUUCUAAUUAUGCCACUCCAAACAGCUCUGUUAGUGGGGCUAAUUAUUCUCUUGCUUCUAUGGAUCAAGUAGAACCUGUAGUUGGUGGUGUUCCCAAUCGUUUUCUUGGAAUUACACCGGCUUAUUUGUGGCAGACUCAGCAUCUAAAAACACCAUUAUCUGUGGAUAUGACAGAAUAUCGUAUGGCUCUCUCACGGGAGGUAGAUGCUCGCUUGAAAAUGAAAUGUGACAAGUUAUCAGACGCGUUUGUGCUGGAUGACAACGCUGAUACCUUGUUUCUAGAUUCAGAUUCAUCAUCAUCUGGAAGUCAAAGUUCAACUUCACGGCUUCCAGAAAGAGUGAAGUUGUUGAUUGAGGAGAUCGAAAGAGAAGAAGCAGCACUGAGAGAUGACCUUUAUUCUGCUGAUAGAAAAUUCGCUGAAUAUUAUAGUGUAUUGGAACAGAUACUUGGGGUGCUCAAUAAACUUGUCAAAGAUUUGAAGUUGGAUCAUCAACAUAAAUAUGAUGAGACGCAGAAAACUUGGCUCUGUAAAAGAUGUCAGACCAUGAGCGCAAAAUUGAGGGUUCUAGAAAAUGUUCUUCUUCUCGGAACUUACACUAAGGAGUCUAUUCCCGCCCUUCAUAAGAUAAGGAAGUAUCUCGUCGAGGCUACUGAAGAGGCUUCUAUUGCAUAUAACAAAGCGGUUACUCGACUGCGCGAGUACCAGGGUGUGGAUCCUCACUUUGACGACAUUGCGAGGCAGUACCACGACAUUGUAAAGAAAUUGGAAAACAUGCAAUGGACAAUAGACCAAGUUGAGAUGGAUCUGAAACGCAUGUCAGAUAGUUCUACCUCAUAG